AUGAUCGAACAUAGUGAACCUUUAAACUUUUCUCUUGAAAUUAAUCACCCAAUCACCAUGACAAAUGAUACUAAUUCUUCUGAUACAUUGGAUGGUAAUGUCGCCUGGAUUUUGAUCGCUGCAUGCUUCACUUGGCUAAUGACACCAGGUAUUGGCCUGUUUUACAGCGGCCUUGCUCGGAGAAAAAACGCCUUGUCUUUAAUUAUGUUAUGUUUUUUAACCAUCCCAAUCGUAUCCACUCAGUGGUUUAUUUGGGGUUAUAGUUUAGCAUUUAGCAGAAAUGCUAGUCCCUACGUCGGUAGUUUCCAAAAUAUUUUCUUUUCCAAUCUCGAUUGGGACUCUGGUCCAACAAACUCAAGUCGAAAUAUUCCUGAAUUUUUAUUUGCUUUCUAUGAAUGCAUGUUUGCAAUUCUGGCUUCGGCCAUUAUCAUUGGUGGUGCUGCUGAGCGUAUUCGAAUAUUUCCUACCAUCAUGUUUACCUUCUUUUGGUCUACUUUGGUUUAUGAUGUCAUCGCCUCGUGGUGUUGGUCCACAAAUGGUUGGUUUGCAGAAUGGGGUACCCUUGAUUAUGCAGGUGGCUUACCAGUACAUAUAUCAUCUGGUACAGCCGCCCUUGUGUUCUGUUUGAUUGUAGGUAGACGUCUCGAAAACAAUGGAUUGAGGUCCCAUAGAGUUAUUGAUGUAGUUCCCCAUAACAUUAUUAAUGUAGUUAUUGGAACUGUAUUUUUAUGGUUUGGUUGGUUUGGUUUUAAUGGUGGCUCUGCUUUGGCUGCCAAUAAACGUUCUAUAAUGGCCUGUAUAGUUACAAACCUUUCCGCUUCAUUAGGUGGACUAACUUGGAUGUUUAUUGAUUUUUGGCGCAAUGAAAAUUUAUAUGCUGUUAGCUUUUGUAGUGGUGCUAUUUCAGGAUUAGUCACUAUAACUUCUGGUGCUGGUUAUGUUUCUCCUUUGUCUGCUGUAGUUUUCGGUAUAGUUGGGGGUUCUGUCUGUAAUUGUGUUGCUAGACUUAAAUUUGCACUUAAUGUUGAUGAUUCUAUGGAUGUCUUUGCCAUUCAUUGUGUCGGUGGUCUUCUUGGAAAUAUUUUGACUGGUAUCUUUGCAGAUAAGAAUAUUGCUUCACUUAGUGGUGAAAUCAUACUUGGUGGUGCUUUAAUAAAUGGGAAUUAUUAUCAAAUUUGGAUACAAUUAAAAACAUCUCUUAUAGGAAUAGUAUAUUCUUUCUUAGUUACGAUCGUUAUUCUAUAUUUUAUUGAAUACCUUUUACGUUGUAGAUUAAGAUUAAACCCAGCAGGAGAAUUAGAUGGUACAGAUUUAACUGAGCACGGUGAAUCUGCUUAUUGUUUUGCUGAUUCACCUGAAGAAAAUUUUGUUAGGAUUAAUUAA